AUGGCAGCCACUCAGCAAGCAACAAAGCAACCAAAGCACCCGAAACACCCGGCGAAGCAGCCGCCUCGUAAAGUGAGGAACGACUUUUUGGCGAGAAUGCUGCAAUUAGAGAAACAGAGCAUGGUCAGUGUCUCUCCCAGUGACUUCUUCUCAGCCUUUCAUCCUGCAGUCAUUACGACUGAGGAGUGGCUGACUCCCCUAAAGCACCACAGGAGCGCUUCAGCUAGCCCCCCUCAUGGACACAUCGAACAGCCGCCGCCCUCCAACGAGAACAUACAUCAUCCGCCUUCUACGCAAACAGCUCAUAUUCCGUCCCUUGUUUCUCCCGAUACGCAGAAAACAUCGCCCCUCAUAUCCCCACGCGUGCACCAGACACAGACGCUAUCACCCACAGCAGCUCAAAACGGCGUGAAAACUCAUGUGAAACCGGCUCCGCUAAGAGUCGAGACAAGGGACAUUCCUCAGGAUCCACCUCAGUCAGACAUAUGCCUGUCACCCAGCUGGCUGGGUCAUGCUGAGAGAGAACAACAGAAAGAGAAGAAGAAGCAAGAUAAGGACCAGCGGGAUCAACAACGAAGACAGCAAGAAGAUAAUCGGCAGCCCCCCAAAAGGUUGAGCAAGAAACCGCCAGCAGCCAUGGAUACGCAAAAGAUGCCCGCUGAAUUGAGGAAGCCAAGAAGGAACUCUCUCUUGUCGUUCGUGCCUAGCCGAAGCUCCUCACGCGACCGGUCCCAAGACCGCUCAAAAGAUGAGAAGCGCAAGUCGGGAUCUUCCAUCACCUCUUUUGUCUCCAGACGACGAUCCAACUCUACAUCUCGCCGCCCGACUAUUUCUCCGGAGGAAGAGAAAAGUCUCGAGCCAGAGUCUCCUGGAUCUUGGAAGCCCGUGGUGAACCCAAUUCCCCCGCGCCUACCUAGCCUCCGUUUCAGCCAGAAGAAGUUCACGUCAAAUAACAGCAAAUCUGCGACUCCAACUAGUACCGAAGAGGAAAGUGAUGGUGAGCUUUUGGCAUUUCCAUACGGUUCUGAUCGACCUAUCGCAGAGAAGCUGCCUGAGUCGCCGAAGAAAUCUUCCAGAUCUCCAGCUGCGGAAGCAGAGACCAACAAGCUACAGCAAUCCUCUGAGAAGCUGGCGACGACCAAAAGCUCAGUCCCGACCCCGCCAAAGCCAUCCGACAUUCCACAGAGGAAAUCAGAUGAAUCAAAAAUCUUGUCUGGGCCUCCACGAGGUAUUGAGGUACUCCCAAGUCCUCCCAAGCCGUGGACACAACCCAACAAACAGAACAAGUCCCGUCAGAACAGCGAUGAGGUAGCUGCGGAGUUGAUUGCCAUGCUGUCAGAGCAAAAACUCAGGCCUUAUCAGCAUGCCUCCCCUCCCGCCAGUCCUCAGGGACCGAAAGCUACCUCUCGGGAUGGUGGUAGCUACGUCCACAAGCAACGAAUGUACGAACAACAAAGGUCAAUCGCUGGGUUUCAGGAGCAACAAGCACUGCAAAUGUAUCAUGACCAAGCUGCGGUCGGCGACAAUCAGGAAACGUCGAAAGAUGUGCAAUCUAGGAAGAGUGAUGGUGGUACCUCACCUAUGAGGCUGGCUAAUGCGCACUCCUCAUCGCCCUCAGCAGCUAGAAGUUGGAGUGGGAGUCGCAGUGCUUCGUCACCUCCGGCAUCACCUUCCUCGAACAGAAGACACAGCGCUUCGCCAUCAGGCCGAGCUUCGCUACCGCCAGCGCAGACUGCUCUUUCGCCGCUGAAACAAGUUUCUUCGGCCCCAGACGAUGACUUGGAAGAAGAGCAAUUCAAACUCCUGAAGAAAGCUGAAAACGCAGCACCGGACAAGGAACAAACGAAGAAGUCGGAAAAGUUCUUCGGCCUUCGACGCCGUACGAAGGAGCUGCCUGCUCCCAUUCAUGUGCCUGACACCAAUGGUCACCUCUCUCCUGCGCAAAAGAAUUCCUCGGAACGAACUAAGGAGCACGAAGCAGCGCCUAAGCAGUCGCGGAGAGAUCGUAUGUCAGCACACAUACCUUUCACCAGGCAUCGCGCAAGCUCCUCCAAUUCUCAAAUAGCAAUUGUCGAUGGUAGCCAAGCUGAUACAGGUCCCGGACAUUCAAAAACACGAGCAUCUUCGCAAGCUCCUCGCAGUCCUUCGGCAAUAUCAGUGACUGAAGAAACAAGAAGCAAAAUGAUAGAGCAAGCCUUGGAGCAGAAGAAAAGCAGCAGCGAAAGCAAUAGCACCCAAGAAUCUAAAGAUGGAGUCAAUGGUAGACAGGCUACUGCUGACAAGCCUUCGACUAAGCGGCCUUCAGCCAAACCGAGUCAGAAUUCGGAAGAGCUGGCUACUGCAUACGGCGAACUCAUUCAUGGCUCUUCCAGCGAAGAAAGCGUGUAUCACGAUGUUUCGGAGAAUGAUGAACCGCAGUCUGCUGUGAAAUUAUCUAGCAAGGUCCGUACUGAAUCGGAUACACCGAUCAAACGCCCGAGAUCCGACCUCCAACUACAAAAGCAGAACAUUGCUACCCAAUCUUUGCCGUCUCUCGACUUCCUCCCACAGCUCAAGCAUCAACCAUUGACGAAGAACCCCAAGAGAUCUCAGCCAGCUUCUGGCGAGCCUUCACCAACCAAGAUCAAGAUACCGAAACCUGCUAACCUUCCAGAUACAACAUAUAGGUCACCACUUGCUUCUCCGCCUGAUAUCGCCCUACUACCUCGAUCACCACUUCGAUCCUCUAGCAACUUACCUGCCUUAAUCAAAAACCAAUCAGCCACUUCCAUCACCUCCUUGAGCUCGUCGACCAAAAACACACCAUCAGAGGGUGGUUCAGAAGCAAAACCCAUCGGCAAACUCUUCGUCAUCUGCUGCAAAUGCAAAUUUUGGCACGAUCUGCCCGCCAAGCUGUACGAAGCGAUGGCAUUGCCAAAAGAAUUGCAUCGAAACGACGAAAAGUCAAGCAAGGGCAAAGCUCAACCAGGCAAAAACAAAGUUGCUACCGCAAGGCUGGAGACUGCGGUCAAGUGUCCUUGGUGCGAGCAUCCCAUGACGACAGCAUGCUGUGCAGGCUGGACCACAGUGGUAUACAUGCACGAGCGACAUCAUUGA